CCGGUGGUUUCUGGGACAGGAGGCAACCUUCCGCCCGUUCUUUGCGGGCUGCAGAAAGCUCAGCCGAGACCCUCCAAAGUCAGCGCCAGGCUGACCAGGAAGCGGCUGGUCAGGAUGGACCUGCUGAGGUUGCUGCUCCUGCUGUGCAUCAGUGGCUGUCUGUGCCAGCAGGAUUGCACCGGGGUGGACUGCCCCGUCCUUCACAACUGUAUCGAGCAGCUUCUGGAGACCAACGUCUGCUGCCCCACUUGCUUACAGAUCGGCUGCAGCUGCGAGGGCUACCAGUACUACGACUGCAUGCACGCCGGCUUCCAGAAUGGCCGAGUGCCUGAGGGAGAGUCCUACUUCGUAGAUUUCGGAAGCACGGAGUGCUCUUGCCCGCAGGGGGGCGGAAGGAUCGGCUGCCAUUUCAUUCCGUGCCCGGAGCUGCCUGCUAACUGCAUUGAGGUCUUGGAGCCCACGGAUGGGUGUGCGCAGUGCAAGCGGAUUGGCUGCACCCACAUGGCGCAGCAGUACGAGGCCGGGCAUUCCUUCCGCGUGGACCCCUGCCAAGUCUGCCACUGCCCCAACGAUGGCGGGAAACUAAUGUGCUACCCGAUCCCUGACUGUGACCCACGGAGAACCCACAAACCCACGCUCACCACCUCCACGGAGGAGAGUCCAGCCUGGAGGGGUACCAGUGAUCCCAUCCGGCACGUCCUCGACCGUCAAGGGUCCUUCUCCAAACCAUUUGCACUGUUGCACGCAGACAAGCUGCCUCCUUUCAAUCUGAGCCCAACCCACAUUGGUGAUGAGGAGGAGGAAGAGGAAGAAGGGGAGGAAGAUGACUACGACUACACUACUACAGAUUCCUUUGAGCCGUCUUCGCGCGACCUCGUCUCUCCCACGGGGUCCUCCAUUGUUCCGGCACCUCAUGCAGAAAACAUUCCUGCUGGUCGAGCUUUCCGUGAGGGUGCCAAGCAGGAGCUAAAAGAAAGAUUCGGAGUUCACAAGCUGACCCCAAACAGGCAGCCGUUUCCGUUACAAGACGGCUCCAUUUUGGCUCUCCUGGACAGUAAAGAAACGACUGGUGGGACAAGAUACGAGUUUCACAACAACACCCUCAAAAAAGAUGCGUUAAACAUUUCCGAAGACAGCACAAAUGAGGAUCAAUUUCCAAUUUACAGAGCGAAUGCAGAUAACGAGGAAUUCUCUGUUCACGGAGAUACCCAGAGUUUUAGCCUUUAUAAAGUCAACACUGACAACAAUGUCCCAGAAGAAAAGAACACAGAGUUUGAGGGCUUCGCCAUUCCCAAAGAGACCGCGGAUAGUGGCGGGUCUGACUACGAGCACAUCGCAUACACUGACGCGUUCACGCCCUCUCCGGCAGCGACAACUCAAACCCCACCUCGUCUAUGGGAGACAGAGGCCACGGCACCGUGGCCCCCGACCGACCGCAGUGUUUGGGCAGAACGGACUCUGCCGCUCGAGCCGGAUGCCGGAGCUGAUUCCGUCUGGCGCAGAGAUGAGGUCAGUAUGACCUUGACUACGGUGCCGUCAAACGAUGUCACAGACAGCGGCAGGAAUCCCGAGGACGACCGGAUGGAUGACAAAUGGGAAGAAACCACCGUUAGCAGUUUAGAGGCCAAGACGGAAAGCGACUCGGGCAGAGGCCCCGUCCGUUCGGCGUGGAGGAGGGUCGAGAUUGAAGGGACGCCGGGGUCCUCCACGGCCCCUACCAUGAGAUUCAGCCCAACCAGCCAACCACUGGAGGACAAGACCCUGGGCCCAUUCCACGUGGGAGCGGAGGAGGAGGUGGAGAGGGAAGAGAAAGAACACCACCUCGGCUCCUUUCCCAAAGGCCAUGAGGCCCUGGUAGAGAACUGCUGUGGUGCUGGACAGAAGUGGGCCGUGGAGAAACAGCACUGCGAUCGUCUGCCUCCUGGACCAGGGCCCGGCUCUAUGUGUGGAAUGGUUCAGCAGCAGUGCUGUGUAGCUGCUCUGAGGGAGAGACGAUGUCUGCUUGGUAUAAAUUCCGCCAAAACUGGUGAGAUGUGUGAGGAGAGCAGCAGUCCACAGUGUGGGGAGGACUCACAGAAGGAGUGCUGCAGCUGCUGUGCACUGGGCCUGCGCAUGCGCCGAGAGUCAAAAGGCUGCGACAUGCAUCGGUAUCUAAGCUACCCCUGCGGACACAUCUUCCUCACGUGCUGCGAGGAAGAGGAGCAUGAGGAGGCUCGCACACCUGAGCUCAGGAGGAAGGAAAGACCUAUACCUACCACCCUGCCUAAGAAAGUGGCUGAUGGCCAGUACUCUAAGCAGCCUCUGUCUGUUGAGGACUCUGAGCUUGUGGCCAACUCCGUAGAGAAACCCGAGGCUGUGGACGAGUGUCAGCGGCAUGAGCGCCAGCCAUGCCAUCACAGGUGCAUUAGCACCGCGGGCUCGUACAGAUGCGCCUGCCACCCUGGAUAUGUGCUACAGCAGGACGGGCACGCGUGUGUCCUCGAGAAUCCAGAGGAAGACAACCGCGUGCGGGAGGAGGACAGGCUGUUUACACUGGCCACGUCUCAGCUGGAGACACUCACACGAACCCCCCCCCCACAUGACCCAUGUGCAGGAGGUGGGCCGUGCUCACAACGCUGUGCCGUGGUCCGAGGGCUGCCUCGCUGUUCCUGUUUCCUUGGGUACUCACUGAAGGCUGACGGACACACGUGUGAAGACGUGGAUGAGUGCAGCAGGGACACACACAAGUGCUCGAUGGAGGAGGUGUGUGUGAACACAGAGGGCUCCUACCAGUGUGCACGUCUGAAUGACAGGUGUGACGUGGGCUUUAUACACAACCACAACGAAGGGUGUGUGGAUCUCAACGAGUGUGUGACCAACACACACACCUGCCAGCACCACGAGCGCUGCGUCAACACGGUGGGGGCCUUCAUGUGCGAGAAGCAGAUGUCAUGUCCCAGUGGCUACCAACUGAGGAACGGAGUGUGUGAAGACGUUGAUGAGUGCGCCGUGAGGAGCCACGACUGCGAGCCGGGAGCCGAGUGCCUGAACACGGUCGGCUCGUUCCACUGCAAGCAACGGGGCUGCCUCGGCGGUUUCUCCCAGGACCCGCACGGCAACUGCAUCGACGUGGACGAGUGCAGCAGGCUUCAGGACCCGUGCAGCGCUGGGUUCCACUGCAUCAACACGGUAGGCUCCUAUACCUGCCAGCGCAAGACUAUGACAUGUAACCGUGGAUACCACUCCAGCCCCGAUGAAGCACGCUGUGUCGAUGUGAAUGAGUGUGCCAUGGGAACACACCACUGUACGGAGAGCCAGGUCUGCCACAACCUACCUGGCAGCUACCGUUGUGACUGCCGGUCAGGCUACCAGUACGACUCCAUCCGCAGGCUCUGCGUGGACGUGAACGAGUGUUGGCGAUACCCCGGGCGCCUGUGUGCCCAGACGUGUGACAACACCGUGGGCUCGUAUCAGUGCUCCUGCACCGCUGGCUUCUCGCUUGCCUUCGAUGGCAAGAACUGUGAAGACCUUAAUGAAUGUGACAACAAUCCGUGCAGUCAGGAGUGUGCCAACAUCUACGGCUCCUACCAGUGCUACUGUCGCCUGGGAUACUACCUGAAAGAGGACGGCCACACCUGUGAAGACAUUAACGAGUGCUCCCAGAGCAUCGGAAACCUCUGUGCCUUCCAGUGUGUCAACGUUCCGGGCAGCUACCAGUGUGCCUGCCCCCCCGAGGGGUACUCCAUGUCCCCCAAUGGACGCACCUGCCGAGACGUCGACGAGUGCGCAACUGGGACUCACAACUGCACGGCUGCCGGCCAGACCUGCUACAACCUGCCCGGAAGCUUCCGCUGCCUGGACUUCUCCUGCCCCGACAACUACAGGAGGGCGUCCGACAAACGCUGCGAGCGCGUGAGCUGCUCCAGUUGGCUUGAGUGUCAGAGCAUGCCGCUGCGCAUCACCUACUACCAGCUCAGCUUCCAGACCAACAUCGUCAUCCCGGCGCAGAUCUUCCGCAUUGGCCCGUCGCCGGCCUACUCUGGCGACAACAUCGUCGUCAGCAUCCCCCGCGGCAACGAGGACGGCUACUUCGGCACGCGGCGGCUCAACAGCUUCACGGGCGCCGUGUACUUGCAGCGGCAACCGGAGGGUCCCCGGGACUUCUUUAUCGACGUGGAGAUGAAACUGCUGCGGCAGGGUGCCCUCAGCACAUUCCUAGCUCGCAUUUAUGUUUUUAUCACGGCCCACGCCGCGUGAGGCCAACAGGGCGACCCGGCCCGACCUGUUUUAUUUUUUUUUUUUUUUUUUUUUUUUUUUUUUUUUAACGAUGGGGAUCGAGCCGUUUGAGUUCGGUCAUGACUCGGGGACAAACAGGGUCUAGGACUGCAGAGACGGGCUUUUUGUUUGUUUGUUUGGUUGGUUGGUUUUUUUUGGGGGGG